AUGACGACGAUGACGAUGACGACGACGACGACGACCGAGGCGGCCACGGUGUCCACGGUGGCGACGGCCAUGGCAACGGGCCCGAUGACCACGGCACCCACGAUGGCGACGGCGACGGCGACAGCCCCGACAGCCACGGCAUCGGCCCCGACGGCCACGGCAUCGGCCCCGACGACGGCGACGGCGACAGCCUUUACAACUAAAAGACGGCAGAAAAUCCUCACAACGGGGCUAAAAACACCCUCGCAGGCGGCCGACUGGGAAAGGAAGAGGAUCCUGAAAAAGACGAGGAUACAGUCUGGCCAGCCGGUCCUGUCCCCAAGAAGCCGAAAUACCGUCGGACACUGUCGCCCGUGGAUCCUGGGCUCCUGCGUAAGGGCAACGCCGUCCAACAGCUGUGAUUCUGAAGGGGGCGGAGAAUCAACCCCCGUUCAUCCGAAAAUUGAUAGAAUGCGCGGAAUAUCGGCGCGGGAUCUGAGGGCCUCACGGACGCAGAUGAGAUCAAACACUGUUCGUUGGCGUCUUGAUUUAGAGAUACCGUCGCAGGGCGACGAAUAUUCCGUAAAGAUUAUCGCGUAA